GUUUGUAGUCCCCUUUAUUUGUCUUUGAUAGUUUUCUCUUUUCACUACCAACCAUCUCUUAAGAAACCGGAGGAACAAAAUCAGUGUGCUGCUGAAAGUCGCAAACAAUCAACUCUCCUUUCUCUAUAAAACCACUCUUCAUUCAACAACAUGGGAUCCAACUCAAGCUCUACUACAGAUACAGUUGUGACUAUUGAUGUUCAUAAAACUAAGGAGCUUGUUGCCCAUUCUGGUCACCGUUACCUUGAUGUCCGAACUACAGAAGAAUUUAGCAAAGGUCAUAUUGAUGUAGAAAAUCCUCUUAAUAUUCCUUACAUGUUCAACACACCUCAAGGCAGAGUAAAAAAUCCUGAAUUCUUAGAACAAGUUGCAUCCGCUUGCAACAAGGAUGAUCAUCUAAUAGUGGGUUGUCAAAGUGGGGUUAGGUCACUUGAUGCAUCUGCUGAUCUUCUCAAGGCUGAAUUCAAGCAUGUAAAUAACAUGGGAGGAGGAUAUGCCGCUUGGAUGCAGGAUGGCUUAGCUGUGAAGAAGCCUGAUCAAGCUUGAAUGUGCACUGUUUUGUUUCCUAAUGCCAACUCUCAGUUCUGGAAGUAAAAAUCAAGUUAGCUCAACCUACCAGUCUACUACUUACCAAACACUGUAUAAUGUGUUUGUCAUUCCGUAAUUUCGACACUUGUCCAUUGAGCAUUGCGUUACUCUUUGCUAGUCGUAGUUUUCUGUAUUAUCGUGAUAGGAAUUAUGCAAAUCAACCAAGUGCUAAUUGUUCAGGAGAGGCGAGGUAACCUCAUAAUUCUGCCUCAGAACUGUAUAUCGCAUCUGUGGUUGAAAUUUUGAGUGUUGCAUGCUUAGCAUUUCAAUCUACUUCCUUACGCAGUA